CGUGGUCAGAAUGUAAUUGUAAAGAGUAAACUUAGCUGUUCUGUGUACAGACUGCUCCCUGCACUAUACCAGCAUAUUUAAAUGCUUUCAACAUGCAAAAAUGUAGAAUGCAGAACAGAUAGUAGACGGAGUGAAGUUAUAUAAAACAUAUAGUUAAAGCAUUUCCUUUAGGCCAGAACAGUUUUGUUUUCUGAUCAAAGGUCUCAGAAGAUGUGAAUAUUUCAGCCCAGCUGUCUGGUACCGCGACCUGAUGGUUAGAAUCUGGUGACCAUUGUCACCGUCUGUCACCAGAUUAAAUUACAGACAGAAUUUAACCCUGUCUGUAAAUUCCAGACGGGAUUAGAACUAACAGUUUGGGAAAUAUGUGUAACCGUGUAAACAGGUAUUGUUUUUGCAGCCAAGAGUAGCUGAUCAGCUACUCCUGGUUCAAAUAGUUCAAACAGCAUCUGAAGUAUUUGCACUCAUCCGGGAGGAGUUGAAAAGACUUCAUGGACGCAUGAAGGCCAGAGAAAUAGAAGGAUGAAGUUCAAGGCAUCUCUUCCAUCAAUCUUAAUAGCACUCUCCUGUUAAGGCAGAAGAAAUGGCACCUUUAGCUGGGACAGAGCUGAUCCACACACCCAUGCAGCUCUAUCGACACCUGCUGCGAUGCUGCAGGCAGUUACCAUCAGCAGCCAUGCAGCAGCAUUACCGGCACGCCAUACGACAGGUUACAAAGUGGGAGACAGAAUCCAUCCCAUCCAUCUUCUGCACACCCUUGUCCCUGGGUACAGGUUGGGAGGGGUGCUGGUGCCUAUCUCCAGCGAGACAUUUCAGGGCUACAACAGCCACUCAGACGAAGACGACCCAGAGAGGAUACAGAUGAUCAUCCAGAGGGCCGUCAAGGAUGCAGAAUGGAUUUUAGAUAAAUAUACCAAGAAGAAGUAGCCUCCAUCAGCCACGAGGACAUCAUGUGCUGUAAAAUAUUGUUUUGUUUCCAAUACAUUAUUUCAAUGCAA